AUGGCUGCCGCCUUCGCGCUGCGGGGUUUGUACCAGGUCCGACCGGCACUGCGCUGUCCGCCCGUCCGGCUGCCGUGGGCGCCACGGCGUGGGCAUCGGCUCACGCCGGCCGAUGACGAGCUGUACCAGCGGACGCGCAUCUCGAUGCUGCAGCGCGAGUCACAGCACAUUACGUACAUCGACAGCUACAGC